ACGUUCUUCCUUGAUGUAGUAUUUAUUUGUAGAUUGUUUUGUGACAAUCUGUCAGAGUUCACUUGAGUGUUGAGAAUAUCCUCGACUGUUUCAGGAAUCAUAGUUUAAGAGGUAACACUUACAAGAAUGUCAUGGACUUGAGAAAUUUGUGUUUUAACGGUAUCUUUCAGAGAAUAUUGAUUUCGGCUACAAGUGACAUAGCAUUGGUCGGAGUUUGACAGCUAAUAUGUUGGGGGGGAUAUCAUUGGUGGCACUACAUCAACAUGUCGAGCUUUAGGAUACAUUGUUUGCAAUGCAGUACUUAGAAGAAGCUUGCGAAUUCUGAUGAACUUGGUAAAUUUCUUCUGUGACCCUGACACCAGAAAUCCUGUACCCCUGCGUAGAACCCAGGACGUCUUACUGUGUGACUUCUGUGAAGCCCUCACCUUUCAGAUUCGUCUUAAAAACAGAAUGGUUCUCUGUCACCAUUAUCCAUAAACAUAGAAGAACAUAGCGACACAAUGAAGUCACGACAAGCUAUAGCAUCUCCUCCAGUCACACGAAUGAAGUCACGAGAAGCUGUAUCGUCUCCUCCAGUCACAAGAAUGAAGUCACGAGAAGCUGUAUCGUCUCCUCCACUCACAAGAAUGAAGUCACGAGAAGCUGUAUCGUCUCCUCUAGUCACAAGAAUGAAGUCACGAGAAGCUGUAUCGUCUCCUCCAGUCAAACGAAUGAAGUCUCGAGAAGCUGUAUCGUCUCCUCCAGUCAAACGAAUGAAGUCACGAGAAGCUGUAUCGUCUCCUCCAGUCAAACGAAUGAAGUCACGAGAAGCUGUAUCGUCUCCUCCAAUCAAACGAAUGAAGUCACGAGAAGCUGUAUCGUCUCCUCCAGUCAAACGAAUGAAGUCUCAAGAAGCUGUAUUGUCUCCUCCAGUCAAAUCAAUGAAGUCAUCGGAAGCAUUAUCGUCUCCUCCAGUCAAACCACUGCUUGAUGAACCGCGACUCAUCGCCACCAUAGACACUGGAUAUGACCGUGUAGACAGUGUUAGAUGUCUCAGUGAAGAACAAAUCUGGACAUGUGAGAAUAAGGAAAUCAUGAAGCUCCUCGACCUCCAGAGUAAACUACUGACAUCAAUACGAACCAAGUCAGGGAACACACCAAAGGAUAUAGCAGUGACACGGGACGGAAAUCUUGUUUAUACUGACUAUACUGAUAAAACUGUAAACCUAGUGAGGAAUAAAGAGAUACAGACCGCGAUCACACUGCAGGGAUGGGGACCUCUUAAUGUAUGCAGUACUUCCUCUAACGAUCUCCUUGUUACCAUGAUCAGUGAUAAUCGAAAACAAUCCAAAGUAGUGCGUUACUCUGACUCCACAGAGAAACAAACCAUUCAGUUUGAUGAUCAGGGUCGUCCUCUUUAUUCACCUGAUUAUAGCGAUAAAUACAUCAGUGAGAACAGAAACCUGGAUAUCUGUGUGGCUGACCAGACAGCUAGUGCAGUAGUGGUGGUCAAUCAGUCAGGAAAACUCCGAUUUAGAUACACUGGUCAGCCCUCUAAUACCAAGUGUUCAUAUCAAAGAUUUGAUCCACGCGGUAUUACAACAGACAGUCAGAGUAACAUCCUGACAGCAGACUUAUAUAAUAACCGUAUCCACAUCAUAGAUCAGGACGGACAGUUCCUCUGUUACAUUCUGAGCUGUCCUUCAAACCAUCCAUUCGGUUUAUGUGUGGAUAUCAGAGACAACCUCUUUGUCGCUCAAUAUUGCACUGCUAAAGUGAAGAAAAUCCAAUAUCUAUAAACACAGUGUUAAUUAUACAUCUCAUGACAGUUUUAAUUAUAUAUCUCAUGACAGUGUUAAUUACAUAUCUCAUGACAGUGUUAAUUAAAUAUUUCAUGACAGUGUUAAUUACAUAUCUCAUGACAGUUUUAAUUACACAUCUCAUGACAGUGUUAAUUACAUAUCUAAACAAUAGGAUACAGGAGGUUGUUAAUUAUAACAGCUUGUAAAGUUUUACAAGUUUUAUAUCUAUACAUAUAAUUAUUUAGUUAGCUAAAAUCUUCUGUUGACUAAUUUGAUUGUGUUACAAAUCAUCAAUAUCUAUCUUUGUGCAAUUUUUUGUCGACUAAUUUGACUGUAUUCCUAGUUAUUUAUUAAGCUGUAUACAAUAUUUUGUUGACUAAUUUAGUUGUGUUACUGAUUAUUCAUUCAUUGUUCAUCUACAUGUACAUAUAUCUGUUGUUGACUAAUUUGAUUGUUACCAAGUUAUAUAUAUAUAUAUAUAUAUAUAUAUAU